UCAUUUGUUCUCAUACGCCGCCUUUGGCCAGUUCAUCGACAAAGCCACGUCAGCUGGGAUUGUAUUUACUUUUCAUCUUUCUUUUUUAGAUACCAUCACCUACUAUCAUGGCCGAUGAAGAGGGUUGCGAAUGCGUUUGGUCGCAUGAAUAUGCUAUGCAGAGGUUAAUCAAUUUUAUUCGCCAAAAUCAAAAUGUUUGCACAGAUACCGAGUGUUUUGAUGGUAAUGCUGGCGGACGUGGCUCGCAGGUCAGCGAGAAUAAUGGAAGUGGUUUUACUAUUGCCAUGGUUUUCAUGAUCUUGGCCAUGUUUAUGUACGUCUUCAAUCCAAGCACUUGGGGAAAGUGGAGCAAGGCUAACAAACCCAAUCGUCAUGAUAGUAAUCAUCAAGGUGGCUCCCCCCCACCACCUCAGCCGCCACCACCGCCUACAGCGACUUAGAUGGAAUUUCGAAUGGUGCUUUUUCCAAAAUUUUUUGUUUUUGCAUUUUCGCCUAAGGAAUCAGAUAAAAAGAACAUUUCUGCAGGCGGGGUAAGAAAUGUUUCGAAAGAAAAUUAAAUUUGUGCAAGAAAUUCAAAAUGA